AGGUGUCGGAGCGCGUGUCGACGACCUCCUCGUCUGCUGCGGCCGGAGGCUCGUGCCUGGCCCAGGGCCUGCUGCUGGGCGGCUCGUCGGCCUCUUCUUCGGGCUUGCGCCGCAAGCCGGCCCCUCUUCUGCGGGCGCGCACCCUGCCGGCCAUCGUGACGCCCAGCCUGUGCAUCAUCCAAGCGCAGCUGGACGCCGGCACCCAGCCGCCCGUCGCUGCCAUGACGCAGCAGCACCGACAGCGGCACGCUAAGAAGAAGCAGCCGCAGGGAGACUCCAGGAGAGGCUCACCGGACAAGUCGGACGCAUCACCGCCACAGUCUCGACUUCUGACUCGCCGCAGUCCAUCGGGUGGUGCUCUGCGGACACGAGGUCAGGACAACUCAAGUAGAUGCCAGUUGCUGGUUGAGGACGAGGACGGAGUUCGAGUGUCGCCCAGCCCGUCUCCGCGUCACAGCCUCUCGUCGGCGGGCUCCGGAGCCUCGCAGGGAAGCACACGAGGCGAUGGAGGAAGCUCGAAAAAGCAAGAGCAAGGCGGCGUGGGUGGCGGUCUGGCCAAGCUGGCGCGGCUGCUCAUGCAAAAGGAGAAGGCGCCCGGCGAGCGGUCACCCUCGGCCAGCAGCACGCUUCUUUCGCCGCCGGGACCCGCCUCGUCGACGUCGUCCGUGUUCGACCCAGCCACGGGUUUCCCGGGUGUGCCAUCGACGCCCCUGCGCCGGUCGGCCAGCAUCGACAGCCUUCUGGACGCGACGGCGGCAGCCGCAGCGGCGGCGGCCGCACAUCACCACCACACGUCGUGUCUGACUGCCAACGGACAAGUGGACGAAGCAUCGUUCCAGACCACGCCGACGUCGGGCCUCGCGUCCCGACCGGGAGCGCUGCCCAACUCGCCCAGCGUUCCCAGUCGACUCGCCAAGGGUGUGCCAGGCCUGCGUCAGAGUAGUGUGGAACUGCUUCUCGACGGGUUUUCGUUGUCCAAGUCCGAGCGCAAGAAGCUCGAGAAACUCAACAAGUUCAACAUUGAUCUCCAGGCCCUGUUCGCCGCAGUGGAGCACCACCACAUCGAACGGGCGCGCUCCAUUCUCGAGACCAGUGACGUCGAUGUCAACAGCGUGAACACGGACGGCUUCACGGCGCUCGACGUGGCCGUUCUGACGGGCGAGGCGUCGCUGGCUCGGCUGCUGCAGUCUCGUGGCGCUAGCGAGAGCCCCCGGUUCCCGACGUCCGAGGCCAGGGCCACCCAACUGUCGGCGCUGCUGCGCGAGGCACACCGAUGCGUGGACGACCUGGCGGGCUGCGUCGCCUCCGCGUCCGCCAACCAGGGCAGCCUGUCCAACGCCCUGCUCAAGGAGAAGGAGCGCCAGCUAAGCCUAUGGAAGAGGCGCCUGGAACUCAUCUCAGAAAUGAAGGCUGGUUUCGACGAACUCCGGCCCCCGGACCCACCCAGCCGGGUGACAUUAGAUGUGGUUGGCACCCAGUCGCUUCGUGUGCGCUUUUCCGAACCACCGCUGGCCGCAGUGCAAGCCAGGGCCUUCGUCACAAAGUACAGAGUGGAGUGGUGUGAACGCGAGGACUUCGCCCAAGGCGUGGGCUCUAAGGAGCUGACCGACGUCCAGUUCCUCGAGUACGUCAUCCGGGACCUGGAGAAAGGCACGCCCUACUUCGUUCGCGUGGCCGCCGGCAACGCCAAGGGCUUCAGCGCGUACCAGACCUCGUGGCCACCAUGCGCCAGGCCGUCGAGUUGGCGCGACGUGGAGGACUGCUCACCCCGGUGGACCGGCCGCAUCGACCGGCUCGAUUCGCUCUUCCUUCAAGUGAUGGAGUCUCGGCCGUUGCACGGAGGCUCUGAGCUGCAGAAGAUGAAUACGUCCGCGGCCAUGGGCACCGCCACGGCUCUCGGAGGCUCCGGAGAUCUAUGCGACACCACGCCUAUGCAGCAGAGGCGGCAGAUGCGCAAGAGCAUUCGUCAGCUGUUCGCGGCGGCGCCGAAGUUCCAGCGCACGCUGAAGCGGGGCGUGUACCUGGCGUGCCUAUUCUACAACGAGGACCGCAUCCUGGUCACCACCGAGGAGACGCUGCCCAUUUUGGAAGUGGACGACUGCUACCCGGCCUCCUUCCAGACAGACUUCCACUGGCUCAUGAAGGUUGCGUGCACAUGGGACGACGUGAAGACGCUCCGGCUGGACAUGGAGAAGAGUCACAGUUCCUCGAACGUGCACUUUCGCAGCAAGCUGCUGCAGACCGUCGAACAAAUGCAGUCUUCGCUGGGCGUGCAAGACCUGGGCCAGGUCUAUUAUAAGCCACUGCGAGACUACGAGGGCACGGCGGUCGUGUGCGUGGUCAAGUAUGUGAGCGAGCCGAAGACGGUCAGCGCCCUGUCGGUGCGAUGGAUACCCCUGGCCAAGAUACAGCGACGCAUGCCCAGCGUAAGCGACGGCGGGGAGCUGCCGUCAGCCGCCGAACUACUGGUCUCCUCCAUUCAGGAGAUGAUAACGUACAACCAGACGAGCAGCAAGCCCCUGCCAAGGGGCCUCUACCUUGGAUACCUGAAGCUCAAGAGCUCCAUGGACCUCAUCAGCGUCCUGGUGCCGUACCGAAAUCCGAACGUCUUGCCGCACUGCCGUAUCAGGGACAACCCGCACGUCUCACGCGAGGAGUGGCAGUGGCUCAAGAGCCUCGGCGACCUGAGCCAGUCGCCGCCUUCCAGCGGUGAGCUGCGACCUGACGACGCCUCCUCAGGGAUGCCAGACGCCGGCGGCGAGUCGUCUUCCGAGCGCAAGCCGCAGCCCGACGAGUCGCAGCUGCGCUUCCAGCGGGCCGUCUCGGCGGCCGCCAGGAGCCUCUUCGCGCAGCUCGAGGUGCCGCCCGAGCUCUACGAUGCGCACAGGCUGUACGACGCCGAGGUGGUGGAGCUGGCGGAAGGCGUCAGCUUCCUGCUGGUGCUUCCGGCAGUAGAGAGCGUGUGCUCCGUGCCUGGCCAGCGGGACGAACUGACCUCGCGAGCGGAUUGCCUCGCCCUGCCGGUGCAGGUGUUCGAGGUGGUGCACCUGAGCACCUACCAGGCGCCCCUGAUCGCCCGAUACGCACGUGUUUCCGCCAUGCUCGAGACGGACACGGUGCUCGCACAGCACGCCAACAGAGAGGCCUUCUCGGCGCCCGAAGUGGCUGCAGCACGGAGCCGGCUCACGCAACUGCAGGACUUCCAGGCGCAGCUGGAACAGACGUGGCGCGGCAUGCGCUGGAUCAUGGACGCCCUCUCGUUCGCUCGCGACCGCUCGCUCAACGGGGGCCUUCCCAUGAGCGCCGUGUGGACGACUCCAGGCUCAACGGCACCCUCUCCCACCUCAUCGAGCCCCACGCGGCGCCGUCAGACGCAGCCGACCAUCGUGCCUCCCGCGACGGUGUCCGCCCAGGCGCGGCGAGUCUCCCGCGUUGACGACCUCAUCGACGCCAAGCUGUUCCUCACUGUGGGCGGUGUCAACGCCGUGGGCUCGCCGGGCGGCGCGUCCGUGAGAAUCAGACGCUGCGCGUCCGCGUCCCGCUUGGCGCUGGAAAGGCCGCAGGACGACAUGGACGACAUUGAGGAGACGUCCUCGACCGAAGGUCGCGACGCUCCCGCCGGCAACGUGUCGUUCGACAUCAACGACGAAGACGAGUACGACGAGGAGAGCGCGGAAGACACCCUGGCGUCCUCGGCGGCGCUGGCACCCAGCGUCCUGAGGGUGUACGCCGCGUACGACUCGGGUCUCCCGCCUGGCACGAGCAUCAAGCUUCACGUCACGCCCGAGACGACGGCCCGGGAAGUGGUGGAGCUCGUUGUGAGGCAGCUCAACACCGCGGUAGUUGCCAAGGGGAGGACUGGUCCGCUGUACGGCGACGAGAGGCUCGCAGACUUCUGCCUCGUCGCGGUCGUGGGCUCGCGCGAGCGCUGCCUGAGCGCGGAUUUCCAACCCCUCCGGCUGCAGAACCCCUGGACGAAGGGCAGGUUGUUUGUGAGGUUACGGAACUCGGAAGAAACGUAGUGCCGCCAGCGUGGAUAGACUUUGCAGUGACAGUGGGGGAGCAAAUGAACUUAUACGCGCGUGUGGCCGUGACCUCUUGACUGUCCAGAAACAGGGACGGGGUUUCCGCUAGGCGACCUUCACAGAGAUGGGACAUUGACUGCUGGCAGCUGAUGUUUGCCUCAGACAGCCCUGAGGCCGCGUUGUAGCACCGCAUGUACUCAAACUGCGAAGACGUUCGUCAGACAAGGUUGUGGCGAUAACAGUGAUGACUGCAAAGUGUGAUGGUGCCGUGGCAAAGGAUUGUCGCCAGUGUCUGUCUGGACGGAAGAGAUUGACAGUGCUGCUUUCUGUCGGAAGGCACAUGCAUUUCAGUAGGCUUAAGUUCAAGCCAAGCACUUCUUCAUUGAGUUGUGAAGUUAUCGAAGGCAGCUCCUCAUAUUGCGGCUUUACGGGGUAGUAGCAAGUUGAUGAAAGCCAGCACGCCUCUGAACACACCGAUGAACGAUAGCAAGUUCAGUGGCACAUUGGUGGAUACAGUGGGAAAUGUGGUUUUGAGUUGUUGCUCCUAAUUUAUUUCAAAGUAUGUACGGAUCCUCAGUGGUGCUGGGCGCCAUCUUGUUUUCCUCUAAUUUAUUUUGAUUGUUGUCAUUCUGUGUGUGUUGUAGGUGUCAUUGUUGUUUCCCUUUCUGGUGUGGGGCAGGCUGCCACUACAGAAAGGCUGUAGCGAUUGAGCUCGUGUGAUAGACAUCUGUUGACUGCUCUGGAAAGUGUUGCCUCAGAAUUAUUUCAUAAGGUCACAAACUGAGGUUUAAAUAUUGUAACACACUUGACAGGGCAGAUUUCAUGGCUAGGCAAGCAGUGUGAUCUGCGUUCUGGACCUGUAGCGUUUUCUUUUUACUUCUAUCUUGCAUCGGUCAGUAGCUCUAGACAGUAAUGGCGAACCUGGACAGUAGUCAGCAGGGAAUAAAGCGAAUUGCAACAUAUGGUGCAUAGCAAAUGAAACAUGAACAUUUAUCUCGCAGAGUAAACAUGUAACACUAGCUAAGAACACUGUAGAGGUGCCUUAGCCUUAAAUUGUGCAUGGCUUCAAGAACAUCAUAGGCCAAUUCAAAGUGUUGCAGUACCAUUGCCUGAAAGUAUUUUGACUUUAUUGCAUGGCAGUACAAAUUUUGUAUGGAUUUCCUUUGCCAAAUAACAAAUUUGAAUGAAAUUGUGAGAGAUAACAUUAUAGAUUUGGCUCAGUAUAAUAACUGUAUUGUCUGUAGCCCUUUGUUGUAGCUCUUACUACUUCAUAGUGGCUGUGAAGUAACUGCGAAGCAGCACUGCCAUACUAUAAGGGGCUGCAACUUUUUCUUCUGGCCUAAAUGAAGUUGCAAUGGCUUCACUUCUUGCCAGAACACACAUUACCAGGCACGUUUUCACCCUGAAAGUUACAGUAAAUUUCCUGUUUUGCUUUAAAUACAGGCAAUUUGAUAUUGGCUUAAUUUAGUUUAUUAUACAUUAUGUGUGAAAAUCAGCCAUAGCAAAAACAUUGCGCAUGGCAAUUAAUGUGUUUAACUUAGCUCAGUGCAUCUAGUGCAUGAAUUUGUCUGAACUGACACUAUAAACAGGUAUAUUAUUCUUAUGCUAAGAGAGUCUCGACAUACAGGAGCCAUCAAGGCGAACGAGAGAGAGAGAACUUCCAAGUAAAUUGCAACCCAACAUCUUUGCACCAGACCAAAGUGAUGUGAUUAAAAAAUCUACAACAAAACAAUGCUAUUACCAUAGUAAAAUUUACAUGGCAUUUGAUGGUGGGAGGAGCAGCAGCUGCAGCAAACAUCAGUAUAUGUCCGUACCUGCUUUCACUUGUGCAGCUAUAGGUAUGUGUGAUAUUAGCGGUGAGAACUCCAAGGAGGGAUACUAAAGAGAGAUGUUAAGUUAUAUUGGUCAGAUUACACUAAGGCGGCACCAGAUUUGUCAUCCUGGUUAUAAUAUGAAGUUGUUGAGCCAUGCAAAAUGAUGAGUUAAAGUGUGCAAAACAAAUCUUCAGCAAUGCACUCCGUAUUGCAGUUGGUGCAGGGCAACUAGAGUAGAAUCUAAUGAAACAAAGGGAGACAGUCUGAUGAGAAGUAACUAAGAUGGGCACUGCAAUGUAAUGAGACUGUGAAUUCGCAGUCUUUUGCAAUAUCAUCACCAAUUUGAAUGGCUUCUGGAGGGUCUUGAAAUAUCCAUUGAUAAAAAAUUAUAUUGCAUUUGAAAAUAAUGAAACGCCUGGUUGGAAAAAAAUGUGCAGAAAUUUUAGUAUGCGGGCAGCAGACGAAGCAUCACAAUUACAUUAAAUGUGAAAGGAAAUUGCUCAGAACUGCCGUUUAUGUAUAGGAAUGCAGUUUUCAUGAGUCUUCAAUGCACAUUUUGGAGCAUGAUUCGGCUCACUAUUAAAAAUGCGGGCAGGCAUCUCGGGCAAGUGUGCAUUCCAAUCGUAUCCGACUUUUAGCAUUUUAAUAUCACAGCCAAUACAAUGAGAGGUGUGAGAGUGCAUCUCUGGGACCAGAAAGUUGAUGCAAAAUUAGAAGCAGAAAAAAGUAAAGGUUGAGAUCCUCUGCUUGAAAUAGUUCUGUUUUGUUACCAAUCCAGAUAUGCUAGGAUAAAAGAAGAGUAAAAGAGACGUUGCCUACUAUGAAUGCCACAAUAUUCUGUUCUCUCUCUCUAGUAUCUCUACAGGUUGUUGCAAGCCACACUUGAGCAUAAUUGGUCCAGGAUGACAGCAGCUGGACAAUAAAGAGCAUGUGGAUGAACGCAAGUGUGGCAGCCAUAGUCAAAGUGUGUCUUGUGAUAUGACGUCUGUUUCCUAGGCUGCGGUACUUGUGUUUUUUGCCCAAUGUUGUACAUUGAACUCCUUCAUAGAAUCCUGAAGUGAAGCACCUUGCUAUGUGCACUUUCCAAUGUUUGGUGUUUAGAAGUGAUACACUGUUGUAUGUUUCUGGCCUUGUGUUCUUCCCUCGCAGGUACUAAGAUUUCAGAAAGAAAGAAUAAAUUGUGCGCAGAUGUACGAUAAACAUAACACUACAGAAGAGCUCUUGGAAGCAGCUUAAUUGCAGCUGGUUUUGAUGAAACACAUUUAAUGCACAUGAAAUGGGUCUAGAAUGUUAUGUCAAUUUUCUAAAGAGAUUGUGUACAGUGAUGCAUGCUUCCAUCAAAGCUUGGUAAAACUGAAAAGAGAAAAAUGUAACCUAUGAUGCAGUGUAGGUGCGCUGAAUGCAGCUAUAAUGUAGUAGAGAGGAAGACACUAUGUAUUCUACGAUAUCUUAGGAAGGACAGCUGAACAAUUAGUCAGAUGCCAACAGACCAGAAGCAGGAUUUCACAUCGAUGAAACACUUAUAGUUCGAAAUUUUAGAGGUAAUUCUGAGGCCUAGCCCUCAUGAGUGCUUUACAAGAACUUCUGCAUGCUCCUGCUCAUGUACUAGUUUAUGAUCAGUUGAAUCAUUCAUUACGCUAAUCAAUCAGAACCAUAUAUUGCCUUUUUAAGGAUUAUUCAAUGCAACAGUACAUUUCUAGACCCAGUUCAUAUACAAAAGCAGCAGCAGCAUUUGUUUGGCUUAUCGCUGUCACUAAAAGAAAAUACAUAGCAUCUAGUUUCACGUAGUGGCUUUAUUCCUCGUGGGUGCAUUGCGAUGCCAGCUUUUAGAAGUUCUAAAGCUGAAAAAAGAAAACUAUUGGUGGCACUGCAUGAAAUUGCAAGUGUUCAUGCCUAGAAAAUUGGAAGCACUGAAUUUUGCAACCAGCUGCAGGGAAUGGUGAUCCUCAUGGUACAUGUUAGUCCUUGUGCAAUGUUUACAUUCUUGUUGCAUCUGUUUGUGUUGAUGAAACAUGUUCCAAUACUGUUGAAAACACAUGUAAAUAAAUGUUUUGUUCUUUUGCAUAA